AUGAGCAUCACGCCGAUAUAUAGUCAUUGGGAAACAGACGUUUCGUGUGACGAGUGUAAAAAUAUUGAUGCCUUGGCAAAAGGCGCAGGCAAUGUUGUUUAUCAUAAUUUUAAAUGGCAGUUCGCUACAUUAGUGCUAAUGAAUUCUACAGUGCUUUGUGGAGUUAGCGCAUUUAUGAAGUCUUAUGGGAAGAAUAUUAUUUUCGUUAAUGAAUUGUCAUCUCCGAUGUUUUAUGAAACAAUGAGUCAAUUCGUUCUUUUUGGAUAUGACCUUGACAAUAUUGUUGCCAUGUUGCAGUGGAUAGAGAAGUACAAUUUUGACAAUACUGGUAAUUUUUUAAUCAUCUGCCAAUCGGAUGAAAGAUACCAAUGUGAUGAGACCGAGGCUGUCAAAAUUUUAUGGGGAUUUAGAGUGGUUAAUGUUAUUUUUGUUAAUCUCUCACACCAUGGGACCGGUUACUCCUAUAAUUUCGAAGAAAACUGUAAACCUGGGCCACCAAUAAAACUAGAAAAUUGGGGUACUUGCUUUCAAUCCGGAAAAAACUGUUAUGAUUAUUUUCCUAUGAAAUUACAAAACUUUCACGAAUGUCCGAUUUUAGUUUCGACUUUCAUUCAGCAACCUUAUAUGGUUUUAAAUAACGGAGUACCAUCUGGGGCAGACGGAGAUUUGCUACGUAUAUUGAUAGAAGCCUUAAAUGCAACCCUUGUACUGAAAACCCCGUGGAAGGGUGAUGGGUGGGGCAAUCUUGAUGAAAAUGGAAGCUGGGUGGGAUCCCUCGGUGAUCUAUAUUAUAAUUUAGCUGACUUCUCGAUGACAUCCGCUAGUAUCACAGAAACAAGGUAUAAAGAAUUUCAGAUGUCUACAUUUUAUUACCACUUAACAGUGGUAUGGGUGACUCACCCAUCGGUUGAAGAAGAACCAACAUUCAAACUUAUGCGGCCAUUUAGGACCGACUCGAGAGCCGCACUUUUAGUAUUUUUCAUUUUAUUUCUGCUUCUAGUGUUAAUUGUUAAAACAAAUUUUUGUACAUCCCUAUUGAUGGUGAUGAAGAUUUUUGUAAGCAAGAGUAUUCUAUUUCAUUCUGUAGAAAUAUGUAUGGGUCAACCAGUAGCAUUGCAAACUAAGAAAACCAGCGUUUUAUCAUUGAUUCUAAUUUGGGUAGUUUUCUGUUUCCUUAUCAGAACAUUUUAUCAAGUGCAUCUUAUAAACUCUCUAAAGACGGAUGUGUACAUGUCGAAUUUCGUAACUAUAAAGGACGCAAUAAGAGAACAAUAUGAUUUCGGUGGAGGUUUAGCUUUGAGGGACUACUAUGUUGAACAACCGGAAAUAUUUGAUAAUUGGAAAGACGUAAACAGCACUGACUAUUUAAACAUUAUGAACAAUUUGACUAAAGGUACCAAAUUUGUUUUGGCUAUGAAUGUAGCCAGUACAAAAUAUUUUAUUAGAAAAACAGGAAAAAAAUUACAUAUUCUUCCAAAAAAAAUUGUAACAUCGCCGACUAUAUUGUUCUUCAAAAAAUUCUCUCCUUUAGUUUUGCCCAUUAACCAGAUACUGAGCCGUUUAGUUGAAUUUGGCAUUCCGCAAAUGCUUUACGAAAACAGCACCUCAACAUUACUUAAGACUGAAUCGUCUAAUAAUUAUAAACCUAUCAAGCUAAAAGAAUGCGCAGGCUGUUUUGAAAUAUUAUGCAUAGGUUGGUUGUUAUCGUUUGUAAUAUUAAUCGUCGAAAUGUUGAUAAAAAAAUGUAAAAGCAUAAAAUUAUGCCAUAAGCACUGAAUCGCCUUAUUCCCAUUAAAAUAAUUAAAUCGUAAAUAAUAAGUGAAGCCUAAAUGUAUAGUGUUUAAGCAUGACAUGUAAAACAGCAAUCAGUGUUUACAGUUAUCACCCAUGUAUUUCUAUU